GCAGACCUAGGCCGUGACGUCACGCCGCCAUGCCGCCGCUCGCGCUGCUGCUGCUGCUCCUAGUGCACGGGGACACCAAGACCGUGCAGCAGGACAAGCUCGCGGGCGUGCGAACGGUGGACGUUCAAGCCGUAGAGGGCAUGGUGGCGCAGUUCCCGUGCGACCUGGGCACCGCGGCCAACGACAAGGUCUACAUGGUGUUCUGGUUCCGGGACGAUGCUGGCAUCCCGCUGUACAGUUUCGACGUGCGCGGCAAGCCGCUCUCGGAAGCGCGUCACUGGUCCGCGCCAGAAGUAUUCGGGCCGCGCGCACACUUCGCCACCUCGCCGCCGCCGGCCGCCCUCCUUGUGCGCGACGUCAAACGGCGAGACGAGGGCGUGUAUCGGUGUCGGGUGGACUUUAGGAACACUCAGACCACAAGCUUCAGAUACAACCUCACUGUUGUUGUGCCUCCAGAGAAACCGGUGGUGGUGGACCGCUGGGGGCGCGUCAUCAACACCACCACUUUGGGCCCGCACCAGGAGGGAGACGAUGUUCUGCUCACCUGCCGAGUGCUUGGCGGGCGACCAGAACCAACAGUCCGAUGGCUGGUCAACGGCGUUCUAGUAGACGCCGAAUAUGAACAGAACACCGGUGACGUGAUCGAGAACCGCCUUAUGUGGCCGGCGAUACGGCGCGCUGACUACGCCGCUGUGUUCACUUGUCAAGCUGCUAAUUCACAACUAGUACCACCACGAGAAGUGUCCCUAGUCCUGGAUAUGUUCUUGAGGCCACUAACAGUAGAAAUACGGAGGCCUACAGAAAUAGGCGAAGGAGGCUCUUUGACGGCCGAGCGGCGGUACGAGGUGUCCUGCGAAUCGGCAGGAUCGAGGCCGCCUGCCGUUAUUACGUGGCACAAGGGAAAGCGGCUGCUAAAGCGGAUCACGGAGGAGGUCCGUGAAAACCUAACUGUCAGCGUAAUGAGCUUCGUUCCUACGCUAGAAGACGACGGCAAGGCGAUCACUUGUCGAGCAGAAAACCCCAAUGUGACUGCGUUACAUAUGGAGACUUCGUGGACGAUUAACGUUGUCUAUCCUCCAGUGGUGCGGCUUCGGCUAGGCAGCACGUUGGCUGGCGGAGACAUCAAAGAAGGCGACGACGUGUACUUCGAGUGCCACGUGCGCGCCAAUCCGGUCGCGCGCAAGCUCUCGUGGCUACAUGACGACCGGCCUUUAGCCCACAACGCGUCAGCGCGCGUGUUCCACAGCAACCAGAGUCUCGUGCUACAGAAAGUUACGAGGCACUCCUCGGGGCGGUAUGCCUGCUCCGCGCUCAACGCGGAGGGGGAGACGGUCUCGAAUGAGCUUCACUUUCGUGUCAAAUACGCCCCAUCAUGUCGCACCGGCGCUGGGUCGCCCUCUGGCGUGUCCGUAGUCGGCGCGGCGCGGGGCGAAGCCGUUGUCAUCGUGUGCGAGGUCGACGCAGACCCACCGGCAGCAGUGUUCAAGUGGAAGUUCAACAACUCGGGCGAGACCAUAGAUGUGGCUGCCGACCGGUAUACGUCCAACGGCAGCGCUAGUAGCCUCAAAUAUACGCCGGUGGCGGACUUGGACUACGGCACAUUAUCCUGCUCGGCGUCCAACGAGGUGGGCUCGCAGCUCGCGCCCUGUGUCUUCCAAAUGGUAGCAGCUGGCAAACCGCAUCCGCCUCGCAACUGCUCCCUAUGGAAUCAGACGGCGGAAUCAGUGGAAGUUUCAUGCCUGGCCGGCUUCGACGGCGGCCUGCCUCAGACUUUUCUGCUGCAGGUCUACUCUGCGGGCGAGAGCGUGCCCAGAGUGAACCUGUCAUCAGACGAGCCCUCAUGGACAGUGCGGGGGCUGGAGUGGGACGUAAGGUUCCGACUCGAGGCCGUCGCGGUGAACGGCAAGGGCCGUAGCGCACCCGCGAGGCUGGAUGACGUGUUGUUCCGGGACCCUGAGAAGAGAACAGCGUCAGACACGGGGCUCGGGCUAGGCAGCACAGCAGGCGCCGUCGGCGCGCUCGGGCUCGGCGCCGGCGCCUGUGCGCUCCUCGUCGGCGCGUGCGCGCUAUCACGCCGACGCCGAUCGCGCGCCAAACCGCCGCCGGCGCCCGCGGUGCGCGCUACGAUGGCUCCCGCGCCCGUCGAGGAUAUCAAGAGGCCUGAUCAUGAUGACGCCGAACCGGACCUCAUACCAAAUAAUUACUGCGAAUCAGCGGUGGGUAUUGGACGAUUAACGACAGCAUCAGCUGCGCGUACUGCGCCCGCGCCGCUCUCCACACCAGCAAGUGCGUGCAACGGUCCCGGCGCAUCAUGGACGUGGGGCGCGCGGCCCCGUGAGCUCGCGGUCGGCGCACCAGCGCCGCCGCCAACAAUCGGCCGCAGCGCCUCCGCCACGCUACGCGCCGCCGCCGAUCUCAACGUCGACGCUAUUAAAGAAAAACUUCUCGACCACCGGAUCCCCGAGUCUUGCGUGUAGUCUAAUUUAGGUAAAUACGGCGCGCCCCGCCGCUGUCGACAAAAAUGUUAUCACACCAAUUACUUCAUCUCUCUAUCAGAG